AUGCGCGCAUCCCUAGUCAACCAGCUCCGGGUGCUUGUGCCCGUCAAGAGGACCAUCGAUUAUGCCGUCAAGAUCCGCGUCGCAUCCGACGGUAAGGGUGUCGACCAGAAUGUCAAGUUUAGCAUGAACCCUUUCGACGAAAUCGCGGUAGAGGAGGCAGUUCGUCUUCGUGAAAAGUACAAGGACGCCAUCACCAAGAUCACUGUCGUCUCCGUCGGCCCCCCCAAGACUGCCGACGUGCUGCGAACGGCUCUCGCCAUGGGUGCCGACGACGCAAUCCACGUCGAGGUCCCUGACAAGGCCGCUGCCAACCCUCUCGAACCCCUCGGAGUGUCCAAGAUCCUCAACGAGAUCGUCAAGAAGGCAGGCGAGGAGGAGGAGGUGGGACUCAUCAUCAUGGGCAAGCAGGCGAUCGACGAUGAUGCUUCGCAGACGGGUCAGAUGCUCGCCGGUCUGCUCAACUGGCCGCAGGCAACAUAUGCUAGCAAGCUCGAGUUCCCAUCGGGCAAGCCAGAGAAGGGUGCAGAGGCUCAGGUUACGCGAGAGAUCGACGGCGGUCUCGGAAUCGUCAAGACCAAGCUGCCGUUUGUCAUGACUACUGACCUGCGACUCAACGAACCACGAUACGCAUCGCUGCCGAACAUCAUGAAGGCCAAGAAGAAGCCAUUCAAGAAGUUCACGCUCAAGGAUCUUGGUCUCGAGGACCAGAUCAAGCCACGACAGGAGAUCCUCAAGGUCGCUGAGCCUCCUAAGCGCCAGGGUGGUGCCAAGGUGGAGAACGUCGAUGAGCUCAUCUCCAAGCUCAAGGAGGCCGGUCGCAUCUAA